AGUGGUGCACGAUCGGUCGCGUUGUACGCAUGUGAUGGGUGCGAGUCGCGGGUGAAAGAGAGCCAAGAGAGUUAAAAACUAACAGCACACGGAGUCGCAUAUACACGCGGAACGCUACUUCGGCACUCCGCUCUGCUUUACUCGAACUCGAUUACUUUCUAUCUUCCAUUUUCCGUCUCUCGCUCGCGCGCGUUCCCAUUUACGUUACUUAAAGAGUUUCGAAGAACCGCACCACCUUCCUCUCGUUCGGCAACGAACUCCACGUAUCGGUGCGGCAUACCAACGAGAUUUAACGACGAAGAGCGGCCCGGAACAUGAAAACACUUAUGGAGAAUCAGCUGUCCUGGCUCGCGCUGUUCAUGACCGCCUUGUAUUCUCUGCUCGCUAGCUGCCGAGGUGAAGAGUGCGGACACGAGGAGCUGGUGAGGUGCGCCAGGCCCCUUGAGAGAAUCAGCAAUAGCGACCUGAGUUUCGUCACGAAAAAGGAAGAUAUCAACAAACUAUGCCCGGAUCUCGAGGCAGGUAUGAAAUGCAUCAAAAAGUACACGUUAAAUUGCAUGCAGCAAAAGCAACGGGAUCACUUCAACUCUCUGUACAUCGGUACCAACAUGGCUAUCAUGGAGCUUUGCCAAGAUGGCCCGUACCAGGACGAAUUCUUGAAACACGCGCCGUGCAUGCAGAAAUCCAAAGCCGAAUACGAGCUGUGUUACAAAUCGUAUCAGAAGACGACUCAAGAAAUAAUGGCCAACCGCUCAUUGGGACAACAGAAUCUCAAGUCCCUUUGCUGCGCCUUCCAGGAGUACUUGGAAUGCUCUCAUCAUACGGUUCGCCGUCAGUGUGGCGAUGAUACAGCGCGAUUCACAAAAGAGUUCCUCGACAGAAUGUCAAGCUCGCUGCUGAAGGCGCACUGUGCACCCUACACGGAAUGUACCGUGAACAGCGGUAUCUCGACGCUAAAUCUUUCUGCCAUUAUGCCAAUGACGCUUAUUCUCCUUAUGAGGUACUUUACGUAAUUGGUCUUGGCCAAGAUCAUUUUUUAUCUUCAAAAGAUAGAAAAUAGGCAAAUGAGAGAGGGCGGGAUAUGUAGAGAAAAGAGAUCGAGGAAGAAGAAUGAAGAGAUGAGAAGAAGGGCGCUCCAAGAAGACGAGAAACUGGAGAUAGCCCAUUCGGCUUUUAUCGUGCUUUGCUUCAGAGGGAAUAUAUUCCUUAUUUUCGAAGAGUUCUCGGUAAAAGGUCGAAGAAGAGGCCGAAGCGAUCAAAGGAGAAGAAAGGAGGAGAGCAUCAGGGCAAAAGAGGAUAUCCACAAGGGUUUGAGAAUAGAGGGAGGGAUACAUAGAGGAGGAAAAGUACGGCGUUUCUUUCUCCGAAGAAAAUAUAUUUUUCAUUUGCAAGAUGAUGCGAGAGAUCGCAAUAAUCACGAUUACGGAAGCAAGCAACAACGAGAGAUCAGUAUUAAGAGCCGAAGAGAUAUUGGGAGAAGGAAAAUGCUUUAGAAAUACGUUAUGAAAGAGUGGUAGAAGGAAGAGGGAGCGGAAUCGCAGAAGAGGAUUUUCAGGACGGCUCUCUUCCACGCACGUCAUCGAAGAUAUCGAACGAUAAAGCCGAUCGUGAUGCGAUAUAUCUAAAGAAAUGGAGUCUCUUCAAUCGAUCGUUUAAUGCGAUUCGCUAGUCCGUACGAUACCGCGACGCAAGACUGACUCGAUUUUUACGCGGUUUUGUCGCGAGAUGAGAAAUGAAAUAAGAAAAAAA